AUGCAAAGCACGGAGAACAAAGGUUCGUUCUCAGGCUGGCCUUCCAACCCAACCCACAGCAACUAAUCUCUCCUUGAUCCUCUUCAUGGUGUAGUGCGAUCAAAACUGGCCUACCUGUUCCCAGUGCUUAAGGAAGAGACAAACAUGUCCGGGACCGACUUCAUUACUCAAGUUUAUCAACACAAAUAAUAGCCAGCAACCUCGGCGUCGCCAAACUACGCAGCCCAGGUCAGCGAUACUGUCGCCUACAGACCUGGUGGCCCGUCGCUUGGUGCAUCACAUCGAUGGUGCCAAGGAGCGGAUGGUCAUCCACAUUGAACCCUUCAAAUACUUGCCAGCACGUCUAGGGGAUAGUAGUUGUCUCCUUGAUGCUUCUGCACUGCUCUGUGACGUCUGGGAUAUAUACCAGCGUAAUGAGAAGAAGGUUGCAUUGUCCCAUAUGCCGGCUUACGGGAGAGCAAUCCACAGCUUAGCUUGCACUUUAGAAAGUGACAACGCUUACACAGUUGACACACUGGCAGCUGUUACGGUCAUACAACAGGCAGAACUCUACUUUGAACAAGGAGAUUCGCAGCUUCAACACGAAAAAGGUUUCAUGGCCCUGUUCUCUGGAAUCGGUCCGCCCAGGCCCGGAGACAAACUUCAUGCUCGCCUUGGUAUGGCGGCGUAUGUUCUCUUGGUAAGUGUGGUUCUUGGGCCUUUUACUCACAAGUAUAAUUCUCCAUCACAGUCAUCUGCAAUUAUGUGGUAAUAUGAUACUCUUCAUUUCACGCAAUGCAGAAACCACGUCUCUUGAUAUAUUGCUAACAUUUUUCGCCUAGCUACCGCAUUGGAUCGCCUCGGGUGGUGGGACCAACGUAUUCGAUACCCCCGAAUGGAUCAGUGCCUUCGCAGGCUCCGUAGCAGAUUAUCUCAAAGCCGAAAAACUAAAACCUCUCUUAGAGGAUGGAUUUGUUUUCUAUAACACCUUGUGUGCCCGUCUACCACAAAUUCUUCAGGCCAUCAAGGCUGCUAGUGCAUAUAGCCUAGGGCUUACCAUGUCAAGACCAUACGAUGUUACCAGACUUAUCCAAGGUCUCGCUGAUAAGUCAGGGCAAGCAUGUUCAGAAUUUCUUAAAAAGAUGAAAGAAAACAAUCUCCUGGAAGAGGAGGAAGAUCCGGAGUCUCCAUUUGGGUUGAAAUACUGGGUACCAACCCCCUUCUCAUCCCAAUUUCUCCUCGGCCUACUCACCGCUCGCCUAAUAAUCCUUCUCGCAAGUCUCAAGUGGAAUUCGGUUCACAAGAAUAG